AUGCCCCCAAUACGUUCACCCACUGUAAGGCGUUCAGCACGCCUCAAGCAACUCUCCCAAAUAUCAGCUGGUCUUAACAUGAGCGAACUACCACCACCACCACCACCACAGCCACAGCAGCCACAGCAGCCACAGCAGCCACAGCAGCCACAACCGCCACAACCUUUGGAAUCCUCGCAUGGCAGGGGGAGGGCUAGGGCUAGGGGGAGAGUGAGGGGUACUACUGUGACUCGUGGGAGGGGACGAGGACGAGGAGGAACCAACCAUCCAGAUCCCCCCCAACAUCAAUCUGCAACCGAUCUCGACAUCGAAAGCACUACAGGCCCUGAAGAUUGGCCUACAACUCCUGGGGAUGACACCAGCUUUGCCCCCGCCAAGAUCAGGUGGGAGACCACCGAUUUUGAUGGCACUACACCCCUCGUAUCCUGGCUCGCUGCACAUCCAGCCGAUUGUCGGAUACUCUUCUCCGAUAACAAGAAAAAUCGCAGCGCGGUGAUCGGCACUGAUCGUCCUUCGGGCAAGAGUAAAGCCGAUAUCUACCUUGUAAUCGCCAGACACGUAUUUGAAGACGACCCAACAUAUGGGACCCGGUACGCUGUAGAAGCGAACCAGCCGAAGUUCGGACAAGCCGUUGCCAAUCGUCUCGCAUAUCUUAGGGGGAAGUAUAAGGCUGCAACCGAUCGUUUUGGGAUGACUGGCGCUGGCAUCAACCCUCUUGACCCUCUAUCUAAAGUUAAUCUUCGAGGCAAAAAAAUUGCAGCGCAAGUAUCAUCUGAAUUUCCAUGGUUCGAAGACCUUGACGCGCUGUGGAAGGACAACCCUGCCUUUGCCCCAAAGACCUUCUCCUCCGUUCCUGGAAAUGAUCGUGCUGGUGCCCUCCAUGCGCUAACACAGCCUAAACGCAAACAGACCUCUCGCAAGCAGGUUGCUUCUCAUCCCGCAAAUUCCAGUGCCACCGCAGAUGAUUCCAUGGUGCGCUCACAAGCAAAGGGGAAAGAGAGGGCUCCCAAUUUUGAAUCCAAUGACACCCCUUAUCCUACCGCCUCCCAAACUUGUUCCAACACCAACCCUAACCUCGACAAUAUGAACACCGACCUUGACAAUAUGGAAUCUGACCUCGACAAUAUGAACACCGACAAUCUACUUGGUGGAGGUGUCCCCCCUGCUACCUCGAUUGGGGGCCACAACCCUCCAUAUAACCCUACAGACGACGACUUUGACCCUGCACUUGGAGAGCACGACCCCGGAAAUUGGGGUGGCGACGCUGAGGAGUUGGAGAUGGAGGUGGAUAACGAGGAAGAAGAUAAUACGCAGCGUCCAAGUAACAAACGCCCACAUCAAAAAUCCCCCUCACCACCACCCAAUACCUUCAAGCCAACAAAUCGCACCCCGCAGUAUGAUUCUCGUGAAGCAGCCUUCACUGGCAAGUCUCAUGUCGCUCGUACCAUGGAUCAUGGCUCCCCUCGUGCAAAAAAGCCAGCGUCUAUGGCGUCCUCGUCGGCGAAUACCCCCAGCUCAUCCGUGCAGACAUUUGCUUCGUCAUCCCGCGUAUCACAAGACCGACAGACCUCACAGAGACCCGGCCGGAAAAAGGCUGCGCACAAGCGCAGCCUUUCAGGGCGUGUUCAAUCGGGCACGUCCGAUGUGCUUGACCAGGUGGAGUCUCUCACCGACGAUAUGAGUUACAUAUACUCUGCGAAGGAAUCUGCCUCCGAGUAUAAAAUCGCCAAGGUCAAUGCGCUUCGCCAUGAGCGCGAUAUACAAUUCCAACGGGAGCAGGGUGUAAUUGAGCGCAGUGAAGCUGCUUCAGUGCACAAGCGGUCACAGGAGGCGAAGGCACUCGAGCUUCGUCUUCUUGAAGCCCAGGCCAAAGUUCAGUCAGAGAAGGCGGCGGCCCUUCGCCUCGAAAUCGAGUUGAUCACUCUCAAAGAAGGGUCGGCGUCGAAAGAAACUUGAUUUGCUGUUUGCUUGCUCGCCUCUGUUGUUGUGCUUGUUCGUGUUGAAGCUGUUGUGUUUGUUCAUUCGUUGUAUUCAUGUUCCAAGUCAUGCGCAUUCCCUAGUCUCGUUGUCAUAUGCC